GAACCGGCCAGUUCUAUUGUCAUGGCUUCUUUACAAACACAAGACGAAUGUCAGACUAAUGACCCAAAUAACGUGCUGUCUAUUGCAGUGGAAUCUGCCCGUUUUCCGGUGGAUAGCUCGAUGCGGAUAGUAUUUACUGGAUAUUACAAUGGAUUUAAUGUCGAGGUGAGAUCGCCAGAUGAAAUGGCUCUGCUGUAUCACAUGGGGUGUUUUGGCAAGGGCUCAGUUUCGCGCUCCAAGCCAAAAGCAGCUCAUAAUGCUUAUAGCCAAAUUAUGCGCAAACGGCAGUUUCUCAAACGCAACUAUUGGUAUAAAAAGUUUACUGAUAACCAUGGGAAAUCUGUUGUUGACAAAUUACUAACAGACAUGGAUGGGUUGAUCAGUAAGAUAAAGCAUGACAGCCGAAAAAUUGGCAAUAAAGAUGUAAUAGACUUAGUGUCUAGCGAUGAUAGUAAUAGUGCUAGUAAUGACGCCUUUGACAAUGAGCAGGGGCAUUUUGAUAACUUUGAGCCACAUAGUGACCAAGAAUUGGUUGCUAUAGUCCCAGACAGUGACGAAGAGGGUAAUUAUAUUGAAAACCUGAAACCGAAAUGCUGCAUAAAUAAUAUAAAGCUUCAAGAAAAGCUAAUGCUGAGUUUGCAAGAGGCUUUCUUCCUUUCUUAUGGUCUUGGUUGUUUACAAGUUAUAGGGAAUGGUGAUAAGAUGCUUACAAUAGAGCAAUGCUGGAAUUUGUUCACAAAAAUGGACAAGAAGUUUGUCCCCAAAUAUGUUGUUUAUCACUACUUUAGAUCUAAGGGCUACAUUGUCAAAUCAGGAAUCAAAUUCGGUGGAGACUAUGUGUUGUACAGAGAGGGUCCUGGAGCAAUGCAUUCUGAUUAUAUAGUAGUUGUAAAAUGCAAAGAAGACCAAUUUGAUUUUGUGUCAGUUCUUGGACAUGUGAGAAUGGCCACUACUACUACAAAGGAAGUAUUGAUUGCAGAAGUUGAUGAACCCAGUGCAUAUCCAGAAAAUAUGCCAGAAGGUUUAAGGGAGUACAGUGUGCGCGAAAUACAUCUUACUAGGAACAUUCCAAUCAUAGUAAAUGAAGAAAUUGAUUAAAAUGCAUUUGGUUUAUAUUUACACUAAACAGCUAUCUUACAAAUAAAAUAUGAUUAAGCCCUU